UCCCCAUCCAAUUUGCGCAUUCUCACUUACCAUGUAUGUAUUAUGGGUUUGGCAGCGAUCAAUAAUGUUUGCUUCACUGUAUUACUUGUUACAUAUACUUUUGUUCCACAUUUUCCACUUGCUCUAGCUAUUCCGACCAAAGACCCGAGUGUGAUUCCCACGCCAGCCAAACCGGAAGCAACACCUAUUGCUCGCCCAUUAAAACCGCGACUUCUUCGACCGAUUUUGCCUCGGGAACGUACUGUGGUCGAUCGACUAAUCGACGCACUGGUCGGUGAUGGUCCCGAUAGGCGUUAUGCGUUGAUUUGUCAGGAAUGUUCUUCACACAACGGCAUGGCUCUACAGGAAGAGUUUGAGUAUCUUGGUAAGUUCAGUUCAUGUAGGGUUAUUAUUACAGAGUUCCAUUAG